CAAAAGAUGACUCGAUUGAAACCAUCUUGCCAAAAGUUUGGGCUGAAAACAGUUCAAGCUGUUGUCACUUAGUCACGCAGAUCGGCGGUCACCACACCUGUUACGUCUUGUGUCUAGCAUGCAUGGGAAACCGUGAUCAUCACAUGACAAACUUCGGGACCAGGAUUAGCGAUUAGCGAGCGUAGGCCCUUUGGAAAGUGAACGUCGUUGUUGUCUUCCAAAAUGAUUCGUUCUGUUUAUCUUCUUUUGCUCAGUGCCUUUGCAUCUUCAACAAUCAAGAGAGUUCCGACACUUUCAGAUCCUUUAGCUCUCGAUUAUCAGGAUUAUUUAUCCUGGAAGCUUGAGGAGCUUCAAGUUGAAGAUUACGUGAAAGGUUCGGUUUGGCCGAAACCUCAAGGAGAAACGCCUAAUGGCGAAGUUUAUUCUCUCUCGCCUCAGAAUUUCAAAUUUACAGUAACCGGACAAAGUAGUGAUGUUCUGCAAGAUGCCAUUUCUCGCUACAAAAAGUUGACUUUUCCCGAUAGUGACGAUGGUGACAGCUCUUGUGAAAGAAAAAACGCUGAAGCGCAAGGCUCGUCAGAGAUAACGCAGCUAACUGUCAAAGUCAUCAACAAGUACGAGAAUCUCACUUUAGAAAGCGACGAAUCAUGUAAGUAUCGUCAGUCACUUCUCCUUUUUUGUUAGCUUGAUAGAGGAGGUUGAUAUGAGGUCUUUUCUUUUACAUCUUUUUUUCAGGUGAUAUCACACAGCUGUAAUUAAUUGGGCUUAUUCAAAAGUAUAAACUUCUAACAAACUUGUUUGGAUUAUUCAUGUUACUCCAGUAGCUUAAAUAUUUUUUACCGCUGUUUUGAUAGAUUGUUCGUUCGUUUGUUUGUUCUAGCUCACUGACUAUUGCCUUAAGCUUUAUACCCUGUUGGCAAACAUUCUACUUCAAUUCCACCGAUAUCCUAACCAUGUUUACAUACACAAUUGACAAACAUCAAGGUGCUAGUUACAUAAUUUAUGCUCAAUUGACCAGAGUCUGUAGAUAUAACCACUCUCUUUUAAAAUAGGUUUGUUUAAGUUGGUGUGUAUCAAGAGCCACAAAGAGAGGUUUUUUGGUAAAUGCUUGACAUGUACUGAAGGAUAGUUAAUAAAAUUAUUUAAUUUUUGUUUGAUCGAUAAGUCUGAAAAUACCUGCUUAAAGUUGACAGGUUUUCUAAUUAAAAAUAACUGGUAAAGUAAUAUAAACUUGUGUCAAAAGAAUAAUUAAUAAUCAAUUAGUCAAAAGAAUAAUUAAAUUUGUCUGGUCAUGUGAGAGAAAAGUUGCCUACAAACCCAAACAUACUGUGGCAAUGGGUUAUUCCAGAAAAAACUCCAACCCCCCUCACACCCGAUGGAAGGCGCUUUUCCCCCCUCCUUUCCAUCCAGAUUUCCAAGCCUGCUUGAGGCCCCCCUCCCCUCAGGAUUUUCAAGUUCAAGGACCCUCCCCCCCACCAAAUCCCAUCUGGAUUUCCAUAAAACUUCAAGAUACCAUAACAGGCUUACACAUUUUGCAAGUAAGCUCACAUUUGAGUGAACUGCUCUUUUUUUCUAUAGACCAGGUGAAAUAAUAUUAUACAGCAAUGUAGGCAACAAUACAGCUCAAAACUAACUAUCUACAUGAAUAAAAUCUCCUCUUCUUUGUUGAGAAAAAAUGACUAUGAAAGAAAGAAAGAGGACACUUAGUGGGAUAUUACAUGAUGGGUAAUACGGUUGGCUGCACCUCUUGCCUUUGAAAAUGCCACCCAGCUUUCUUGUUAGGUGUGUUUAGUGGUAAAUGACCCUGAAAUAGCAUGGACCUUGGGAGAAUGUUUGAUUCAAAGUAGAAAUCGUUAUUUUUUUAUGAAUUAUGUGAUUUUUGUCAGUAUUUUCAAGUUAUCGCACGUCGCUUCUACAAAAGUAACAAAGGCGAGCUUAUGGAUGGAGACUUUAAAUAAAUGUGGUUAGAGGUGUGUAGUUUGAAAGAAUAAGCAGUUUUUUAAAACUUGUCAAUUGAUUGAAGUAAUGGAAACAGGGAUGAAUGUAAGUCCUGAGGAUGUAGUUUUAGAUUCAGAAUCCCCCCCUCCCAUCUUAAUUUCUAGAGCCGUUAAUCCCCUCUCCCAUGAGAUUUUCCAGCACGCCUUCCAUUUGGGGAGUGUGGAUUUUUUCUGGAAUAACCCAAUACAAAACUAAUGAAAUUGGUUUAAUUAGAUGUUUUGGGGGGAUUUAAUUUUGCCUGUUUAUGUUAUACUAGUCAGGGGGAAAGUGGAUUUUUUCUGGAAUAACCCAAUACAAAACUAAUGAAAUUGGUUUAAUUGGAUAUUUCGUAUCCAUUUUUGGGGGGAUUUAAUUUUGCCUGUUUAUGUUAUACUAGUCAGGGGGAGUGUGGAUUUUUUUGUGGAAUAAUUACCCAAUACAAAACUAAUGAAAUUAGUUUAAUUGAAUAUUUUGUAUACGUUUUGGGGGGAUUUAAUUUUGCCUGUUUAUGUUGUACUAGUCAAGGGGAGUGUGGAUUUUUUCUGGAAUAACCCAAUACAAAGCUAUAAUGAGAUCAGUUUAACUGGAUAUUUUGUAUACGUUUUUGGGGGAUUUAAUUUUGCCUGUUUAUGUUAUGCUAGUCAGGGGGAGUGUGGAUUUUUUGUGGAAUAAUUACCCAAUACAAAACUAAUGAAAUCAGUUUAAUUGAAUAUUUUGUAUACGUUUUGGGGGGAUUUAAUUUUGCCUGUUUAUGUUGUACUAGUCAGGGGGAGUGUGGAUUUUUUCUGGAAUAACCCAAUACAAAGCUAUAAUGAAAUCAGUUUAAUUGGAUAUUUUGUAUACGUUUUGGGGGGAUUUAAUUUUGCCUGUUUAUGUUGUACUAGUCAAGGGGAGUGUGGAUUUUUUCUGGAAUAACCCAAUACAAAGCUAUAAUGAGAUCAGUUUAACUGGAUAUUUUGUAUACGUUUUUGGGGGAUUUAAUUUUGCCUGUUUAUUUUAUACUAGUCAGGGGGAGUGUGGAUUUUUUCUGGAAUAAGCCAAUACAAAACUAAUGAAAUCCGUUUAAUUGGAUAUUUCAUAUACAUUUUUGGGAGAUCUAAUUUUGCCUGGUUAUGUUAUACUAUACUGAUUUCUCCAGUGACCUGUUCUGAGUAGAUUUGAUAUACAACUCUUUAUAUAUGGACCUUCUUUGCCUGAAGCGUACAGCGCAUUAACUAAAUGUGAUUCAUUUAAAGCUCUGAGAGUCAUUGCGGGCAAAGAACAGAACAUUUUUGGUUUGUUUUAUUUCAACAUACUUCCAGUGAAGAAGAAGGCCAGAGCACCCUUGAAAUGUCUGGUUUUCCCCCCAACAUUUCAAGUGCAUACACUGUAUUUUAGUGGAACUUUGACUCAAAUUAUUGCAUUGCACAGUUUCUUUUGAAUUUUGUAAAUACACCUCACUAAUAUAAGAUCUGCCAAAGAGAAUUCCCUGCUGUGCCAUAUUUUUUUAGACAAAACUGGACAGUUAUCAAUAAAGGGGAAGUAAUAAUCUCAGCUUGACUAUCUCAAAGAUCCAAACAUACGUGGAACACAAUUUACACUGACCCGCUAAUUAACAAUUAUUCCUCGAGCCUGAAUGGGCUCUGAAUCAAUAACCCAUGAGGCCGAAGGAAGAAUGGGCUAUUGACUCAGAGGCCAUGAGGGCGAGAGGAGUAAUUUAUUGUUUUAGUAAAAUCCAACUAGUUGGUCUAAAAUAUCGAGAAUAAAAAAUUUUUAGCUAGUUAAAGCUAGACUUUAAUCCUUUUUUACUGACAAAAAGCCCGCGCUUUUCGCUACUAGUGGGCUAUAACAUAUAGCCUAGUAGUUGCUCAACCAAUCAGAACGCAGCAUUGAUAAUAGACCACUUGUUGGAUUUUACUUAUAAUAAAUAGCCAGUCUGAGAUAUACCACAGCUCAUUGAUCAGGAUGUUGUUUUCCACUUAUUGUCACAACUCUCUGAUAAUUUAUUUUGUUCCAUUUCAGACCAGUUAGAUGUUAUGUCUCCAACUUCUUCUCUGACUGCAUUCAAUGUGUGGGGAGCACUGCGAGGUAAUAGCUGUAAUUGUUAUUGGUCCAAGCUAAUUUUCUGAUUCACUGAGUUGUAAUGUUCCCUGGAAGCUCAGGUGAAUAAUUGCCACCUUAAAGCGGGGGGUUCACGAUGAUGCGCAUGCGCGCCAUGACAGCUUCCAGAAUAAAUCAUAUGGGCCAACACCAAAUUCGAAGGAUAUAUCAACUGUGAAUCCAAAGGAAUCUGUCUUUAAAUUCGCUCAUCUGUUCAUAUAUGUAAGCAAAGUGAAGUCUGCUAUUUCUAAAGUACUCGUGAGUGUUGUUUUGUUUUUGGAGAAAGGCGUUUAGGAAACAAAAAAUCAAUUUCGUCAAUGGUGUCUUGGAAGCCAUGUCGCAGGCGAUCGACAACAGAACGUUCUCAAGAGUCUUUGGAGAAAGAGAAGCUUAGCCGAUGGAUCUGGUAUAAUGGUUCUAGGAGUUGUGUGUGGCUUACAAAAAGAAUACACCACACUUGGAAAGUGGUAAAAGGCAUGAGUUUGUUCAACUCUGAUUUGAUUUAUGACUCCGACCUGUAGUUAUACAGUAAAGUAUGCAACAGGCCGCGCCAUCUUCACCGAUCUGGUACACUUGAAAUGUUCCUUGUAUCUUUGCUGUAUGAUCAUAUAUGUUUAAGAAUUGAUGUUUUUAAAAUAAAUUAUUGGCUGAAUAUUCUGUUUAUAAUCUGGUUUCUUUAUGCGUUCCACUUGAUAACAUUUGUUUUUUGGAACACUGAUCCGACGCAACAUGUAUGAAUUUGUUUGUUUGCUGAUAACGGGAAGCAAUAUAAUUGAAAUUUAUGCUCAAUUUAGGAUAAUCUUUAUACUCAUACGCUGUGUGUUUUUGUCACCAGUCAGGUGCUAUUUGCAGCUAUUUCUAGGUUUAUAUAGGGCGAAUAGAGAGAUCAGUUAUAAAAGGGUUGUUUACAAAUUUUGUUGACCGAUCGGUCACUGCUUUGUUAGCUUGGGAACGUAAAAGACCUGGUAAAAAUACAUGAAGGUAAGUGUUUGUUUCAAAGCAAGACAGCCGGCUGUAAAUCUUAUUCUUAUCGGCGGCAACAUAUUACUGAGGAAUAGCAAAGAAUAAAUAUAAAUUAUGUGGAUAUACAAAAACAAUGAAUGUGGAUAUAUAAAAAGAAUGAAUUCGAAUUAUGUAAAUUUGCUUGCGUGCAUCUAACUCGCUUCCGGGUGGUUUAAAAACAAUCAGCUACUGUCAGAACCCACACAUGCGCAGUAUCGUGAACCUGCCCCUUUAAGUCAACCACUGAGGAAGUACCCACUACUCUUCCAUUGUAUUUGUAUUUCUCAGCUUUUUGAUUAAAAACAAUUAUUAUAUGGUAUGAAUUUAAAUAUUAAUAUUGACAAAAAUUGCAUGUUACUAAUGCACAGUAUAUAUUCAGGGUCCUUCCCCUGAAUUAAACUUUUCUUAGGGGAAUCCCGUCGACUACCCUUAAUCCUGGCUCUUCUGACUGAAACUUGUUUGCCCUGUUGGAUAAUUUUUUCUCCUUCUACAACUUUAAACUUUUCAGGAAAACACUGCUGACUUCAUUUCAGCAAAUGUUAAUGUUGUGCAGCCUUUCCAGUGAACACUAGCACACCAAUAUGAUUAUACGAUUAUACAGUAUGUGGUGAGAAUUUGCAUAAUUUGCCACAGAUUCAAGUCUACACCUUUUUGUCUACUUCCUGUUAUGUUCCAUUCUUUAUUGAACAAGUAGUUUUAAUGAACAAACAUUUCUUUGAGUUGUUCCAAACAGGCUGUCUACUUUCUGAUCUUUACCCUGGCUAAUAUAGGUUAUUUUAAAAGCAAUAAAAUGCAAAACAUUGCUUUAAUUAUAUUUUUACUAUUAAUGAGUUAAUUUACCUUUUUUAUAUAAAUUUUAUGAAUAUUUAAAAUAGCCCAAAAAAAUCAUUAUUAUUUUUUCCAGGGUUAGAAACAUUUAGUCAGGUUGUUUAUCAGGAUCUAAGUGGUUCUGUAAGUAUAGCAAGAUUAUGUUAUUCACUUGAACCUCUUGUUAGUUAUUUAAGGCUGCUUUUUGGUAUUUUAUCAUGCUCUUUUUGAGUGGUUCCUCCUGCACAGUAAGACAGUGUCCAUAUCUGGCAAAAAUAUCAGAGAAACAUGUUAGGUGUAACAGGCAAGAAACAGUCUGUUAACGUUUCAUAUUUUGGCAUUUUUUUAUGAGGCAGAGACUCUAAUCCUCCCGCAAAGAAAUUCCCCAGUCUGGAUUAACUGAAGAAGCAACUCUCAUCCAAGACCUCCUGUACCAGGGCACUGCUGAUUGUCAAACAUAGGCUUUGUCCCCACUUAAGUCCCUGCAUUUCCCAGGUUGUGGAGGUGGGGGGAGGGAUUUACAUCGAUUGGUGCAUAAGUUAACAGCAAAUUCAUCUUGGUAAAUAAAUGAAACUAUUACUAAAAAUGGAAAGUAGAAAACCACUAUUAGCUAGUUAGCUUUGAAGUGUUAAUACAAAUGUAGCCUAGACUGAGUAUUUCUCUUGUUAGAUUUUUGUUGCAUUGGUAUUAUACACUGUACUUAACCGUGGUUAAAGAAAAUUAAUAUGUCGCUUAAAAUGUGUAGACCAGGAACAAUGAGACAUCAAGGAUUAAUAGAAAUAUGUCAUAUGCAAGGGAAAUUCAAAGUUAGCUUGCAUCAUGAAUCAUGUUUAUCAAGAGCUGCGCACACUGAUGCAAAUCCCAGAAUUACUUUUUCGUAGACAUGGUGAAAACUUCUAAUUUAUUACUCUCUAUAACUAGAGAGAUCUCUGAAGGAACGUAAAAUGCCUUAAGGUGCCAUGCCAUGAACACUGGCAACCUUGUAAACCUAAUUUGCAAUUAGGCUUUUUUUUUGCGGGGGAAGCAAGAAAGUUGGCAGACGGAGAAAGAAAAAAAGGACGCCUGAUACAUUUACUUUGCGAGUCGUCUGGUGCUCCCUAUUUAAGGUAUCUUUCAACAUUUGUGUCAUCAUGUCGGAUUUUGCCGGAAAUUUAAGUGUUUUGCAACAAAGCCAAGGCAGCUAAUUGAGGUAAGCGGUGAAUGGUAAGUUGAUACAGGAGCGUUAUCAAAAACAUCACAGAUUAUACUGAAUUCAUUGAAAACCGUCUUGGAACAACAGAAUUCUGUAUUUUACUGUGAGUGUUCAAAGUACAUAGGAAUUGAUUUUACGGCAAAAAAUCUGUCAUGGUCUUUCAUCAUUUUGCAUAAGUGUAGGUGUAAAAUCGUCAUUUGUUUUACACAGUUCCACGAAGUUGAAUUCGAUUGGGAACGGACAAGAAAAUCAAAGACAAGGCUCUUGACUUAAAUUCUGCCUCAUCCAAGCAAGAAGGUGUCAAAGAAGAAAUGGCAGAUAUACUUACCAGUGAUAAAUAACAACUCGUCCUCAUGCAUCAGCCGACAAGGCUUUUCUCUCUGCAUUGUUGCCUUGAUUCACUGAAAACAAGUUUUUUUUCCUACCUUAACCCUAAGCUGGCU